UAUUUCUUAAUAGAAAUUUGUGCCAACAUUCGAAAAAAAUCAUGCUAGUUUUACUUGUUAUUAGUGUGGCUUUAGCAUUUUUGAACCGUGCUGAGGGCGGCUUGGAUAUCGAACCCGGACAAUGUUUGUCCAGGUACGACUAUGAUUACAAAGUUGUUAGACAACUGGUGGACCUUGAAACAAAACUUGAAAAAUUACAGAAAGAUGUGAAGCAUAACCAAGAGAGGAAGUCAGUGGCUUUUAUGGCAGAGUUGUCGACCAGUAUGGUCAAUCCGCCAACAGGCACCGAAGUUAAAUUUGACACGGCUGUAACAAAUAUUGGCGAAGAUUAUGAUCCUGAAAGUGGAAUAUUCGUUGCCAAGGUGGCAGGCACUUACAAUUUCCACCUAUUUGCCGCGUCUCCAAAAAAGGCAGUCGGAAACUGGCUUCACCUGUUUAUGAUGAGGAACACGGAGCAGGUUGGAUACGUUUGGAUGGACGAUAAUAACGAUCGUUGGUCAGGGCGUUCUGCUAGCGUUGUUGUACAUUUACAUCCGGGUGACAAAGUCUACGUCAAGGUUGGCCAGCUACGAAAUUCCGCUACUCUUGCCGGAUGUUGCUUCCACACACAUUUCAAUGGAUUCCUUCUUCAACCGGACAACUAACAUUUGAUUGGCGGACGACUAAAAAGAAAAACAACAAACAAACAAAAAAACUCAUUAAUGGUGCAUUAAAGGGACUUAACUGAGGUUAAAAGACAUGACGGGACUGGAUUUUUGAGAUUAAAAUGUUCUAGUUGAUGCAGAUCUAGACAAAUAACUUGUGUUCAUUAGCUCACUCCGUUCUUUGAGAAUAAUUAUUCUAAUUGUGAAAAAUGACCAAAAAUAACUUAAAUCGGUCUGAGAGCUGAGAAUAGCUCAAAAAUACGAUUUUCAUUCUUUUUCCUUUUUUUAUUUUCUUUUAUUCAUUUACUUUCUUAGGGGGGGGAGUGGGUAUGACUCAAUACAUUUUUGCAUACCAUUUUAUUUUAAGUGUCCCAGCUGAUCCAUAAAAUACUUUCAAGUUUUAUUUUUUUAAGGCUUUUUGGACCUUAAACUUUAUUUCAGGAUAACUUACCUUUGUGGUCGGCAAUUAACUGAUGUAAGAUUAACAGUAAAGAGAUAAAUGCCGGGGGAAAAACUCCUGAUAAAUGACCGAAAAUGAUCUAGUUAAAAGUCUACUUCUACAUCAUAAAUAAGUAAAGACAGAUAAGAUAUGGACAACAAUUCUCAAAAAAGUUCACCGACUGACCAGACGCUGUUUUAUUUCGUCUGUUAACUGUAAACAAUUUUAUACUUCUUAAAAGAUCUGCCAUUUUAAUGAUCAUAUGUUACUAACCUUUACAUUAAAUAUGGUUAAUGUACAUGUAAUUUAAUGGCAUCUGUUACGGAAUUGUUGUACUUUUAAGGUUCAAAAAUAAAGUGAAUAUAUUAAAACA